AAUAAUAGUAAAAAAAAAAAAAUAGACCAUACUACAACGUCUCUUUUUCGAUUAAUAUAAAAUAAAAACCGAGUCAGUGUUGUAUAAGUCAUAGUUAAGGCUCCAGCGCAAUGGCAAACCGUAACCUAAAACAGGUGAAUAUUCAAAACAAUGCUAACGUUACAUCCCCGCACCCGCAGAAUGUGAAGCGCAGCGCGGAAUCUUCCCCAGAUCCCAGCGAAAAGAUGGAGGCGGCAGCUCCAUCACCGCGGGACUCUAGUCCUGAAAACACUGCGCUUCAAGAGAUGGCUUUAGACCUCAAGAACUUCAGGAGACCGGGGGAGAAAACAUUUACUCAGCGGUGCAGACUGUUUGUUGGUAAUCUCCCAUCAGAUAUGACGGAGGAAGAUUUCAAGAAGCUUUUCUCCAAAUAUGGCGAGGCAAAUGAGGUUUUCAUCAACAGAGAUCGAGGAUUCGGCUUCAUACGCCUGGAGACAAGGACACUUGCAGAGAUUGCUAAGGCUGAGCUGGACGGCACGGUGCUGGGGAACAGGCCCAUCCGGAUUCGUUUUGCCACACAUGGGGCUGCACUCACAGUACGAAACCUCUCACCAGUGGUGUCUAAUGAGCUUCUUGAACAGUCCUUCUCACAGUUCGGCCCAGUUGAGCGGGCAGUCGUGGUGGUUGAUGACCGAGGACGACCCACAGGCAAGGGGAUUGUGGAGUUUGCCAAUAAGCCUGCUGCCCGAAAAGCCUUGGACCGCUGUGCAGAUGGAGCCCUUUUGCUUACAAUGUCCCCUCGUCCAGUCAUUCUUGAGCCAACAGAACAGUUUGAUGAUGAAGAUGGUCUACCAGAAAAACUGUUGCAAAAAUCAGCACAGUAUCACAAGGAACGGGAGCAUCAGCCACGCUUUGCACAGCCAGGCACCUUUGAGUUUGAGUACUCAUCUCGCUGGAAGGCUCUGGAUGAGAUGGAGAAACAGCAAAAGGAACAAGUGGAACGGAACAUACAGGAGGCAAAAGAGAAAUUGGAGGCUGAAAUGGAGGCUGCCAAACAUGAGCAUCAACUCAUGAUGAUGAGACAAGAUCUCAUGAGACGUCAGGAGGAACUGCGACGCUUGGAGGAGCUCAGGAAUCAGGAGCUGCAGAAACGCAAGCAGGUUGAGAUGAGGCAUGAAGAAGAGAGACGUAGACGUGAGGAAGAUAUGAUGCGUCAUAGAGAGCACCUUGACAUGAGACGCCAACCAGAUGGAUUCAAGCCCAGUUUCAUGGAGAGUAAAGAACAGGAUAUGAGAAUGAAUGAAAUGGGUACCCGUGGAGCCAUUAAUAUGGGAGAUUCAUUUAACCCUGUUGCUGCGGUUAGCGGUAACCAAGGCCCCUCACAAAUGAUGGGCAUAGCAGGCCGAGUUGGAGCCAUGGGGCCUGAGGGAUCAUCAAAUAUGGGGACACACCUGAUUCCAGAUAACGGAGUGAUGCAUAAUGAGCGGUUUUCUGAAGGAGGAGGUCUUCCGAUGGGUUCUCCCGUGGGUGGGCGGACUGGUGUUGACUCCCCUCAGCAGCAGCAGCACUCACCCAUGGUGGUUGGGGCAGGUCCUGUUCCUGGUGUGGUUGGCCAAAGUGGCUUUGGGAGAGGAAGUCCGGUUGGGGGCAACUUUGAUGGGCCGAACAACAAACGACAUAGAUACUAAUGUUUGUUUUCUCUGGAAAUUAUGCUAACACAUGUACAGAUUGGAGCAACUUGACUCAUGAUUUCUGAUAAAUUACCAUAUGACCAACUGACUAUUUAUGUCUAAAAAGGACAGAAAUGGCAUGAACCAGGCCCUAUGUUAAUGUGAAACACUGUCAUGAAUUAUUAAAUGCCAUUGAAUCAGCUUGUACUUGACAAAAUAUCCUAAACCAAUCGUAGAUUGCUUAUGUCAUGUAUAUCAUUUUUUAUUUUAUUAUCUGCAAUUAAGCUGUUUUCCUGUCAAUAAGUGUUU